CAAUACGUAAGUCAGAUGGCUGAUCAAAGGCAGCGGGCUAUGUCGACAUCUGGAGAAGCUUUAUAUGAAAUUCUUGGUCUACAGAAGGGGGCAACACAAGAAGAAAUUAAGAAAACUUACAGAAAAUUGGCUCUGAAACACCAUCCGGACAAGAAUCCAGAUAAUCCUGAGGCUGCUGAGAAGUUUAAAGAGAUCAACAAUGCUCACACUAUAUUGACAGAUUUGACAAAGAAAAAUAUCUAUGAUAAGUAUGGGUCCCUGGGACUCUAUGUGGCCGAACAGUUUGGAGAGGAAAAUGUUAACACGUACUUCAUGCUGUCCAGCUGGUGGGCAGAGACCCUCUUUGUACUCUUUGGCAUCUUGACGGGUUGCUACUUUUGCUGCUGCCUCUGCUGCUGUUGUAACUGCUGCUGCGGACACUGUCGGCCCAAGUCCCCAAAGGGAGGGGAAGGAGAAGUCUAUGUGUCCCCAGAGGACCUGGAGGAGCAGAUCAGGAGUGACAUGGAAAAAGAGGCAGACUUCCCCAUCACCCUCCAGCCCACCUGUGCAAAUGAGAAAACCCAACUAAUCAGAGAAGCCCGCAGCUAUACCACAGACUCCUAG